CACGGGAAGGAAAGGGCGUAGUCGCAGUGUUUCAGAUGCAGAUGGCGCGCUGCCCAGGGCAGGAAAAGGCCAGCAAGACCAUGGUGUCGUGGCACCGAUCCGUGGGCACAGUCAUUAUUGGGGGUGGUAUCCUUAGUGAGGCGAUGGGCUCCCGAAAGACAAUGACAGUUCUUCCCGAUGGGAAUGAAAGCACGUAGCCCCAGCGUUCCAGGUGCAGAAGACACGCCGCCCAGGGCAGGUCUGCAAGACUCCCACUACUCCUCCUUAUAACUGGUGUAUGUGUUUAACCCUAAAUUGUGCAUUAUGGCAGACAAAUUAACAAGAAUUGCUAUAGUCAACCAUGACAAAUGUAAGCCAAAGAAAUGUCGUCAGGAAUGCAAGAAGAGUUGUCCUGUGGUUCGAAUGGGAAAACUUUGCAUAGAAGUCACAUCACAGAGCAAAAUAGCAUGGAUUUCAGAAACACUUUGUAUUGGUUGUGGUAUUUGCAUCAAGAAAUGUCCUUUUGGAGCCUUGUCAAUUGUUAACUUACCUAGCAACCUGGAGAAAGAAACAACACAUAGAUACUGUGCCAAUGCCUUUAAACUUCACAGGUUGCCUAUCCCUCGUCCAGGUGAAGUACUGGGAUUGGUUGGAACCAAUGGUAUUGGAAAAUCAACUGCCUUGAAAAUUUUAGCAGGAAAACAAAAGCCAAAUCUUGGAAAAUAUGAUGAUCCACCUGACUGGCAAGAAAUUUUGACUUACUUCCGAGGAUCUGAACUACAAAAUUAUUUUACCAAGAUCCUGGAAGAUGACCUUAAAGCUAUCAUUAAACCUCAGUACGUGGACCAGAUCCCUAAAGCUGCAAAGGGAACAGUGGGAUCAAUUCUGGAUAGGAAGGAUGAAACUAAGACACAAACUGUUGUAUGUCAGCAGCUUGACUUAACACACCUGAAAGAAAGAAAUGUUGAGGACCUUUCAGGAGGAGAACUUCAGAGAUUUGCUUGUGCAGUUGUUUGCAUUCAGAAGGCUGAUAUCUUCAUGUUUGAUGAACCUUCCAGCUACUUGGAUGUCAAGCAGCGCUUGAAGGCUGCCAUUACUAUUCGGUCCCUCAUAAACCCUGACAGGUACAUUAUUGUUGUAGAGCAUGAUCUAAGUGUGUUAGAUUAUCUCUCUGACUUUAUCUGCUGCCUGUAUGGUGUGCCAAGUGCUUAUGGUGUUGUUACCAUGCCUUUCAGCGUAAGAGAAGGCAUAAAUAUUUUCCUAGAUGGCUAUGUUCCAACAGAAAAUCUAAGGUUUCGAGACGCAUCUCUGGUAUUUAAAGUAGCUGAAACAGCUAACGAAGAAGAGGUUAAAAAGAUGUGUAUGUACAAAUAUCCAGGAAUGAAAAAAAAGAUGGGAGAAUUUGAGCUAUCCAUUGUAGCUGGAGAAUUCACCGAUUCUGAAAUUAUGGUGAUGUUAGGGGAAAAUGGAACUGGCAAAACAACAUUUAUCCGAAUGCUUGCAGGAAGACUUACACCUGAUGAAGGAGGUGAGGUCCCAGUCCUAAAUGUCAGCUACAAACCACAGAAAAUCAGCCCUAAAUCUACGGGAAGUGUCCGUCAGCUGCUGCACGAGAAGAUCAGAGAUGCCUAUACACACCCCCAGUUUGUAACUGAUGUGAUGAAACCUCUUCAGAUAGAAAACAUCAUUGACCAGGAGGUUCAGACGCUGUCUGGUGGUGAGUUGCAGCGUGUGGCGUUAGCUCUUUGUCUGGGUAAACCGGCAGAUGUGUAUCUGAUUGAUGAGCCCUCAGCAUAUCUGGACUCUGAACAGCGUCUGAUGGCUGCCAGAGUCAUUAAACGUUUCAUUCUCCAUGCUAAAAAAACAGCUUUUGUGGUAGAACAUGAUUUUAUCAUGGCUACAUAUCUUGCUGAUCGCGUGAUUGUUUUUGAUGGCAUUCCUUCCAAGAACACACUGGCAAACAGUCCACAGACUCUUCUGGCUGGAAUGAAUAAGUUUUUAUCUCAGCUUGAAAUCACUUUUAGAAGAGACCCCAACAAUUACAGACCAAGAAUAAACAAACUCAAUUCCAUCAAGGAUGUGGAACAAAAGAAGAGUGGAAACUACUUCUUCCUGGAUGACUAAAUAUUGAAUCCCAGCAUAUUUUUAACUGGCAUCUAGACAUGCAUAUUGGAAUUUAACAGCUGUGAUGAGAUGGCUCAGAUCAGGUUUUAGAACAAUUAAUCUUUUGGAGCUUAAAAUCUCUUGCUGCAUUUAACAUCUGAGAUAGUAGCAGUAAACAUCCUAGUCUGAGUAAAACUGCCACUUUCUGUAUUUUGGUGACACAGCCCUAUUUUCAGUGUAAUAAUUUCAAAAUAGACCACCGUGAAAUUGUGCAAAUGGGUCUCCUGAUUUUUCAAACUUUAAGGGAGGAUUUCAAUUCAAUAUAUCCUACUCAUGUACCAAGUACUCACUGAACUUCCUCAUUUUAAAAUAAAUCUUUGAAGCUGUUUUCUGUAUAAGAGGGAAGUUUACUGUCACGCUACAAGAGCGACUCCUCUUUUAAAAAGGUUGAAUCCCUCUGGCUGAGGGUUUCAAAAAUAAAAUACCCACCCAACUUGUGA